AUGGGUCUUCCGAAGGGCUGCAGAAAUAUUUAUGAGAGACUUCUAUAUACAGGAGCAGAUAGUUUUCAAGCUGCAUUAGAACUUAAAAAACAAUGUAUCGCGUUAGCUAGGGCGGGAGGUUUCCAUUUGCGACAAUGGACCUCCAAUGACGCAAGAUUGAUUGCGGAUUUGCAAAUUAGAAACCAGCAGGGAUCAUUGUGCCUGGAUCCGUCACAAACAAAAAAGACAUUAGGCGUUUAUUGGAAUCCAACAAACGAUCAGAUUAGUUAUAUUUUUAAACAGUUGUCGCCAGAACAAUCUCGCAUUACCAAGAGAAAAUCGGCUAUUGGCUGGGACGAACCCGUUCCACAGACAAUAAAACAAUCGUGGCUGGAGAUUAAAAACGAACUACAUUUACUAGAUAACUUCACCGUACCGCGCCGAACCGCUAUACAAAAUACGACACAACUAGAACUCCACGGCUUUAGUGAUGCCAGCGAGAGUGCAUACGGCGCAUGCAUUUACAUUAAGUCCACCAACGAACGUGGACAACACGCGGUAAAUUUGUUAUGUGCGAAGUCAAGGGUUGCACCUUUGAAAAUUAUAUCGUUACCGCGUCUCGAACUUUGCGCGGCCAGGCUCCUUGCAAAAUUGUACAAGGAAGUGAAAAAGGCAUUUUAUCAGACAGAGUUCAAACGAAUUAGAUUCUGGUCUAAUUCUACCAUUACAUUGCAUUGGAUAAGGACACCACCGCAUUUAUUAAAGACGUUUGUCGCCAAUAGGGUGAACGAAAUACAAACAGAAGUUCAUUUUGACAAUUGGUUCCAUAUUGCAACAGCCGACAACCCAGCAGAUUUUGUUUCGCGAGGACAACUACCCUCUCAAUUCAUAAAAAAUGCAAUAUGGAAAUUUGGACCACAUUGGUUAGCGUUAGAUGAGGCUCGCUGGCUAAUUAGUACAUUAGAAACAAUAGAAAUUGUAGAAAAGAGGCGUCCCAUAACUCUAGUCACGCUUCCCAACGUAGAUUUACUGGAAAAAUACUCAUCCAUCGAUUAUUUAAAUAGAAUCAUAGCGUACAUUCUUCGUUUUUAUAACAAUGUAAAACACGAUAGCAAGAAGGGCACAGAUUCAUUGUCAUUAUCAGAAAUUCAAAAUGCACACUUUCAAAUAAUCAAACUAGUUCAAUUAGAAACCUUCCCAUCAGAAAUAAAUGAUUUAAAAACCGGUAGAAAUGUCAAUAGAAAAAGUAAAUUAAUCAAUUUAAAUCCGUUUAUAGACGAGAAUGGGAUUAUUAGGGUUGGUAGCAGGUUGAAGCACGCCGUACUCAGAUAUGACCAGAAAUAUCCCAUAGUACUACCGCACAAGCACCACGUUACCGAACUAAUAAUUAGACAGGUACACCUGAGACAAUUUCAUUCAGGGACACAAGCCACUCUAUACACGGUAAGGCAAAAAUAUUGGCCGAUAGCGGGCAAGAGCAUAGUCAAACAAGUGUUGCAUAAAUGCAUUAGUUGUUGCAAAUACAAUCCCAAGACACCACAGUACAUAAUGGGGAAUUUACCAAAAAAUAGAAUUAUACAAACACGUCCAUUUGAAGCCGUAGGAAUCGAUUACUGCGGACCCUUUCUUAUUAAAGAAAAGAAGUUCAGAAACAAAACCAAAUUGAAAUGUUACGUCGUAGUUUUUGUUUGCUUCGCGACGAAGGCGAUACAUUUAGAAUUAGCGACCGAUUUAACAACGGAAUCGUGUCUAGGAGCGCUCAAACGAUUUGUCGCGAGAAGAGGAAAACCGCGUCAUGUAUACUCGGACAAUGGUACUAAUUUCGUAGGCGCAAAAAAUGAAAUUAUACAAAUUCGUGCACUUCUACUAUCCGACGAAUAUAAAAACAGACUUCGGCAAUUCCUAACGCAGGAAAACAUUGAGUGGCAUUUCUCUCCUCCUCGUUCUCCACAUUUCGGCGGUCUUUGGGAGACUGUAGUUAGAUCAUUUAAAAAACAUUUGCAUAAAACAAUAGGUGCUGCCAUGUUCACAUACGAGCAAUUCUAUACGUUAAUCGUUGAGAUCGAAGCUAUACUUAAUUCACGUCCCUUGAUACCGAUAUCCUCUGAUCCCAACGAUUUCCUUGCCCUAUCACCCAAUCACUUCCUUAUAGGAGAGUCGUUGGCGAGCCUACCGGAACACAAUUUUGUCGAUACUCGAACUAAUAAGCUGUCACUCUGGCAACACAUUCAGGAAAUUAAACAGCAUUUCUGGAGAAGGUGGCAGACAGAAUAUUUACAGGAGCUGCAUACUAGGAGUAAAUGGCAUACUGGAGAUGGCACAAACAUCAAGGAAGGAACGCUGGUGACAAUCAGGGAUGAUAAUUGUCCACCCCUUCAAUGGCAACUUGGGCGAGUAGUCGCUCUGCACCCUGGAGAGGAUGACGUGGUCCGCGUGGCCACAAUUCAAACACCACACGGCACUUAUAAGCGUGCUCUGAAAAAUCCGGCCGAAAUAAAAACAAUUAUUAAAGUAGAAGAGGAAAAUUCAUUGGCAACAUUCAUCCGAAACCUUACACAACCUUUACGAACCAUAAUUUGGCAAUCUCGACCAAAGACACUAAAAGAAGCCCAAGAUUUAGCAUACGAGGCACAACGCGAGGAAGAGUUAGCAAAUAGAUUAGUUUCGCGCACUUAUAGAGCAGAGCCACCCAAACCGGUGAUUAAACGAGGACCGUGUGAACCACCGAAGGAAUUUAGACCACCGCAUGGGAAACCAAUUUGCUUCAAGUGCAAUCGCGAGGGACAUUACGCGAGAAACUGUCGCCAAAAUUUUCCCAACCGCCGACAAAUAAAAGGCCCAGACAUACGAUACAUGCAAUCGGACGAGAUCAGGACAGCUGGAGACAAAUUAGAAUACAGCUCAGAGAGGGAAACCACAACCAAUCACGAUUCACCAAUAGAAGAUUCAUCGUCGACACCGGAGCAGGAAUCAACCUAA